UCAGCAGGAAGGGUCUGCUCUUACAGGUGUGGACCGGUGCCCAGCGCUGGCCUGGCAGCUGGUUCUGCAAUUGUGCAGAUUCUGAGGAUGGUGCGGACCCAAGCCGACAAUGUCACAUUCAGAGGCAGGCUGUCCCACAGAUUGCUCCUCCCCGAAGAUUCAGCACCUUGCUUGUGACUCACUGCUAGAACAGGAUAAAGAGAGGCUAGAUGAUGGGUGGCUCUUUAACGUGGAAACUGAGGAACCAGCUUGUGACCCAGAAAAUAGCAACAUAGGCUGGGAGUUUCUAGCAACAAGUCCUCUUAGCCUUGCAAGUACUACGGAGUCACCCCACCCUGGGGCACAGCACACCCGCCUCUCGGAGAACCCCUCUGAGAGUCGGGGGAGUCUCCUCCAGUUCGACCGCAAAGCCCCAGGCCGCAUUUCCACCUCUCCUACCUUGAGAAGAUUGAGGGCCAGUGGCUUGGGAACUCCACACUCUCUGGCUCAGCAAAAUGCCCUGGAAGUGUCCACCUUGGGAAGCUGGAGAGACCCUACAGGCUCUUCACAUUGCCUUUCCAAGAAUCUAUCCGGGAGCCCAGAGGACUCUUCUCACUCCAUGCCAUCCUUGAGACCCCACUCAAGGCUGUCUUUGGACAAUAGAAGGGCCUUUGACACCGAUGAGGCAGUGGGGUCUCGAGGCAGGACCCCCGAUGAGGACACCCUGCUGGUGCUUCAGGCCACCAGCGAGAGGUCUCUCCGCCAGGCCUCUCCUCCUGGCCCACAAGGGCCCACUUCGCUCAGCUCCACUCCGGGCAGCCGGGAGCCUCAGGGAGAAGAAUCACAUCAAUCCAGGUUCUAUGAGCCCAGACGGAGUUCUGUGGUGGUCAAUUUACCCGGGUUUGAGGUAUUCCCCGGGGACCUUCUGGUGUCUGAUGAAGCUGCUGACUACCUGUGCCACCCACUCCUGCUGCUGAACCCAGAAUCCAAGAAAACAAGAUGGCCUUUCUCCAAAAGAGAAAUGAGCAAAGGCAAACACAAGAGUAUGUCGGACCUGGAAAGCUGCCUGGCCUCGGUGAGGAUUACAGACUUCGCAGGCUAUGAGUUCUGCAGCCUCAAGGAUAAGACCUGGAGGGAACUCAUGGAAGAACAUCAGAAAGUCACCACUGAUCAGUUAGAUUUCAGAAAGCAACAAGAAGCCAUGUGGGAACUUUUCACGAGUGAAUGCACUUAUUUCUUGGACCAUUUAUUAGUUCUUAAAAUGAUCUUUAUGAAUACACUAAGGUAUCUGCAAAUUCAUGAGUAUCUCCUGGACGUGGACUUGUGGAGGCUUUUCUCAAACCUGGAGGAGUUAACUCAGACAAGUCUUGGGUUUGUGAACAGCCUUUUCGGCAUCAUCAAGGACUAUGUAACUGCUUCGGAGACUUCGCCAUUGUCGGACUUCAUUUCCGUGCUCACGCAGUAUUUCGGAGGGAGCCUUUGUCAGAGCCACCAGACCUACUGCCUGAACUACUCUGCUGCUCUGUUUUAUCUGGAGAGCCUGAAGCAAAGAGAAGACUUCAACAUUUAUUUAAAAUGGUGUGAGCGAAAUGAGCAUUGCAGACGGCUUCGCCUUGCUGAGCUACUAGUAGAGCCCCUGCACAGGCUUACUCGAUACCCUUUGUUGCUGAAGAAUAUCUGGAAAAGGAGUACAGACUCCAUGGAGAAGAUCUCGCUCGACUCCAUCAAGGAGAAGGUGGAAAAGUCAAUCUGGGAACUUGAAGGAAAAGUGAAGUGGCUUGACAAUUUCCAGAAACUUAGACAUCUCCAGGAGAUUAUAGUGUGGCCUCCACUUUGGGAUAGAGACAAAAGGUUUUUCAUUCCAGAGGGAUUGAAACACAUUUUUAAAGAGCACAUGGCCGAAAACAUCUUAUCACCAACCAACAGACACCUUCUCUAUGAAGGAAGAUUAACUCUUGCAGAAAGCACAAUAUUCCUAGAUGUUUAUCUGUUUCUCUUUGAUGAUUUCCUGUUAGUUACAAAAACUAAGCACAACAAAAAGAAACCUGGAGGCUCAGACACUAGUUUAAUGUGUCCUUCCCUCACUCCUGAGCUUCAAACUCUAAUAAAAGAGAUUGGUUCAUGUGUAGUGCUUGAUCAGCCCAUUCCGUUGGACAGAUUGGUGGUCAGAAGCAUAGAUGCACUGCACAUGUCAGUCUUUGGGCUGAAAAAUACUUUUCUUAUACAACAUGAAAACCGCUAUCGACAGUGCAUAGCAGCAUUCUUGUUACAAGCCCGAACAGAAAACAUCAAAAAAACAUGGAUGGCCCAAAUAACAGCAGCAAUCACUGGCUUCACCAAAAGUCAGGAAACCAAGCAAGCAUCUUUAUUCACAUUGUCCACUGAAUCCUCUGAAAUUUAGGGAUCUAACAUAAGUAAUAUACUUCUUCUAGAAGUUUAGAGAUUAAGGUAUUUGCUCAUUCAAACUGUUUCUUCUUUACCACUUACCUAGUGAUGUGCUGGAAAGAAAUGUGCAUUGCAAAUGCAUUCCAGAAUUUGAAUCAGGAUAAUCCUUCAUAUAGAGGAAUAAUGAAAGGAAAAAUCUGAACUUUGAGGAAUUUCUUAAUACAGAAAUAAAUGAUAGAUGAUAUAUAGGAAGAUAGAUAUUAUAACCCAUCAUCUAAUGUUUUCAUCAGAUUUUUAAGGGGUGCGAAUGAAAAAGGGUGGUAGUGUAACUUGUGACAUAAGGGAGCAUCAGAAAGAAACCCAUGUCCACUACUAUGUCCAGUAUGAAUUCCAGCAUCUUACUCAGAAUCUAGAAAAUAAUGAAACCAAAUGUUCUAUGCUGCUUUUUAACCCGUUUUACUGUUUUAUAGUUCUACCCUAAACACAAUGGUAAUGUUUUGAUACAAAGCUUUAUUGUACUUUUAGUUUAAGAAAUAAAUGUUUGUAUUUUAGUAGCAAUAAAUAGGAAUUUAAAAUUCCUAUUUUUGGAAGUCAG